AAACCCAAAACCCGAAACCGACUUUCUUUUUUUUUUUUCUCUCUCGGACUCUUCCUCGUUAAACCUAGACAGAACAUAUCGUUAACCUAAAACUAAACCCUAGCCGCCUUCUCACUUCUCUUCUCUUCUCUCUCUCAGGCGCCAGGCAACGGCAACGGCAGGUCCUCUCGGCGCUCUCCUUUUCCAGUUUGAACAAUGGCAAGUGCAAAAACAGUCAAGGAUGUUUCUCCACACGAGUUCGUCCAGGCUUACGCAGCCCAUCUAAAGCGAUCGGGCAAGGUUGAGCUUCCAGAGUACACUGAUCUUGUAAAGACUGCAAGAUUCAAGGAGUUGGCUCCAUACGAUCCAGAUUGGUACUAUGUGAGAGCUGCCUCGGUUGCCAGGAAGAUCUACCUGAGAGGUGGUCUUGGUGUUGGUUCAUUUCGGAGGAUCUAUGGUGGGAGCAAGAGGAAUGGAAGUCGUCCUCCUCACUUCUGCAGGAGCAGUGGCGCUGUUCUUAGGCACAUACUGCAACAACUGCAAAACACAAACAUCGUUGACAUUGAUCCCAAGGGAGGAAGGAUAAUUACUUCCAAUGGUCGACAGGAUCUUGACCAAGUUGCAGGAAGGAUUCUCAUUGCUCCAUGAGCUUUUCUUUAGGUUUAUGUCUUGAUUUGGUUUUUGAGACAUGUUUUGAAACAUGGUGAUUCUUUAUUUUCUGAGUUCAUGUGGUCUCAGUUGUUAAUCAAGUAUGUAAAGUAGCAGUACAUGAAUGUUUCUGACUUAGGCUUUGAAGUUUUGACUUUCUGAGUAAUGUUAAACUUGGUGGCAUUUUUUGUUUUUUCUAUCAACAUUUUAAGUUUGGUGCUUUUGAUGUUUGAAAUUGAAUAACAAUACUUUUGUUGUUCCCUUUUCA